CAGAAGGCUCACCUCAGUCUUAUACAUGAGCCUUUGAGUAGGCCCUCGGAUGGAUUCUGGAGAUACACAGCAUAUCACUCCAAACAAAGACCAACCCCACGGCGCGUUGCAAAUGUGUUCCAUUCCCACCAACUCGGUCGCGGGCGAUGACGAAGCAAUUAUCCUAUCAACGCUCAUAGACAGACACACACGUCGUCACAUCAUCCAGCGCCUGAUGACUGUUUCGCCGCCCUUUUACAGUUAGCUAUCCUCGUCACGAGUCACAGCGUCUGCCCAUCCAACUGGCAUCCUCCUCCCAGCUGCUUGGGCACACGGACAGCCCGUUCGGGACGACAGACUGGGCAUCCCAAGCUCUGGAGAAAAGAAGCGACGACGACAGGGUCUCCCCUCUUUUUACUCUUUUUUUAUCGCUGCUGCCAGAUGCUGAAGUUUCUGCAAUGAGUCUGUGCGAGAUGCGACAUCUCAGGUUUCAAGUGAAACACCAAGGACGGGGUCACGAUGCAACCGCCGAGCAUUGGCCUUGUCAGCCUCGCCUCUCGUCCAAUGCCUGCCCAUGCCUCGCGCCAGCAUGAACAACAGAUGGCGAGACUGGGCUUAGCUCCCGUUUACCAGAGGAAACGAUUUUGCAAGCGAAGUCCAGACGGAACUUUUCGCCGCGGGCCUUGACUGGAUGGCGAUUAGGGGGGCUCUGUAACAAGCGCGACAAGCUCUGCCUUGGCAGCCUCUCUGCUACCUCCUCUCAUCAACCCCUUCUCCACUGUCCCAUGUCCGCCAUCCCACCCCGCGAGGAACCCAGCUGAUCCGGGGGCGUUGACCGUCAAGCGUUGCACCAGCAGCCCCGGCCGGGACUCUCUUCGAGAACCGCCUCUCUUUUCUCUUUUCCUUUGCCUUUUGCUCUCCUUCUGUUUGUUUGGCACGACACAGCAUGGGCCCUGACAUGUCUGCCUGUCAUUGACACUAUUCACAACAUCAACGCCGUGACGUGCGGGAAACGAUCACUAUGAGACGCUCAUUCAACUAACAUUCUAUUCUAUUCUUACCUUAAUACUUUUGCCCCCCAUUGAUUGGGCCUUUUGAGUUUCUCUCUGUACUCGUUCUGUCUCGUUUAUACUUCUAAUCAUCGUCCAUCAUGGCGAACAACGGUACCACCACGCAGGCCCUCAUUGGGGCCUUUACCUUUGGAAGCGUGGUCUAUGCUGCCUCGGCGGCUCUCGUUCUUUACAUCAACGGCCAUGGUGCUGCGGUAUUCCGCGACAGCCAGAGGCUGGUCCUCGUAUUAUUUCUUAUUUCUUCGGCCCUAUGGGCUGCCAUCGAUUUUGCUACGACGCUCAUCGAUACCACAGGCUCAUCGAUGCCAUGUCAAAUCGGUGUUAUUUUCGCUUCUAUUUUCGACCAAUUGGCGAGGUUCUCGAUCGAACAGUUCUUGCUGUGGGCUUUGAAUUCUAACAAGGGGGGCAAGCUUUCGGUGGUGCAGUUGCUACCCCAGAUUCUCAUUUUGGCCCGGUUUCUCGCCGGUGCCGUGUUUGUCGGCUUCACUCGACCUCAGACCGACGACUAUUGCCUCGCGACGACCUCGGCUCUCCCUGUCGGCGUUGCUGUGCUGGCUCUGGAUGCUAUCAUCAUUGUUCUUCUGAUCCAGAAGGCCUACUCGAGUGGCGGUGCUGCGAAGACAAACUCCAGGUCUCUCACCUCAGUUUUGCUAGGUCUGAUUUGCUGGACAGCUGCCAGCAUUGUGAUGCUGCUCGGCAUCACCACCAUCCCAUCUGCCGCUAGGACAGCUCUCCCUGCCGGCGGACUGUUGGUGCUGAUCGUUUUCAUUACGGCUGGCGCCAUGACUUUGAUCUCGUCUAGGAAAUCCGACUCUGGGCUUCCCGAGGCCCCUUCACCGAGACGCAUCAACAUCAGUCGUGAUAUUUCGACCGCUGACUCGGAAUAUCCCCCAAGCCGGUUUGAGGAUUUGAAGGAGGCCAACAUUCGCUCAUCGAGGAGCUUCGUCAACCCUAGAGAGGUACCAAAUACCAAGGAUGAGACCAGUGCUGGGUUCCCCUUCGCCAUGAGCGUCGCUACCCAAGGAGUACCAGCGAUGCCGCCACCCGUGAGCUCCGAAUAUGUCCGCCAGUUGGAGAGAUCGGCUUCUCAGAAGAAGGGCAUGUGGGGCGAUUUUGGAAAGAGGACAUCUUCCACAGGGGGAAGGCCAGUGAUUGGCAAGCCAGUCCUCCAGUCUAACGAGGAUGGUAACCCAUUAAACAAGAUCACGGUUAUUGAUCUUCAGUCGGCGAUCAUGGCGGAUAAGGAGAGGAGACAGACCAGGAUUGAGGAGGAGGGAAGCCUAUCGGUGUCGCACCGGUCCGUCAUGCAGUCGAUGCAUUUGACUCCCGAGGAGGGCGUCAAGCGGGCUGCCAGCAUGAAGAGAAAGGAGGUGGCUUCAGUUUCAUCCCGUCAGAGUGCCUUCCCUGGAGGUCUGCAAGCCGACAGCUCUGCCUCCACAACCUCGGCCCAGCUUUCUCCUGCCAGUGAUGAGACUCGUCGUAGAUCACCACGCCAGCCAGAGCCAGAGGAGCAACGGCCCUGGACCCCUGAGAAGCUGACUCCUGCCCCUCAACCUGCGAGGGCAUCCCAAAAUGACGUUCGUCCAGUAACAGUGUUGCUGCAAGCCAACGUCCCUCAGCCGAUCCAAAGACCUGGCAUCCGCCCGUCGCGACAGCUGCCUCCCUCGCCCGACACCCCUCCUCAGGAAGCAGCCAAGACGCCGCUCCAGAGAAGACCCACGAUUGGUCUCCCAACCAACCCAAGAGCUCGCGGCAUCCAGGUUGGCAAGGAGAUGGGUGCUUCGUCGCAGCACAAGACCAUCAUGUUCAUCAACAACAUCGAGUAUCACGACCCGGUUGCUGUUGGAAAUAUCAUGAGCAGGGCGAACACUCUGCCCUUGAAGCCAGCCCCAACUUCCAAGGCUCCGGCCAGGGUUGCUUCAGUCGUCAACCGUCCGCGACCUAUCCCACGCAAGCCGGAUAACAUUGCUUCUCCCAGCCAUCGCAGAAGCAAGUCUGCCAGCUCUCUUUUGGGAAGGAAGUCCAUUUUGGAUGCGACUUCUGGCAGCCCUACUCAGCUCCCCCCGCUCCCACCUGCUCCCAGAAGCGUGGGAUUGCCUGCGAGGCCACAACCCAACAACACCAAGAGCAUGACCUUUGACGAGAAGAUGACUCUCCUCUUCCCCGCUCCACCCAGGUCAAAGUCCGUUAGACGCAGAUCCUCCUCAGUGCCCGAGCUCCCCAGAAUUCCCAUGUCCUACCUGGAUACUACUUCCUCUACAAGUGAAGCCGACAAUCAGACGGUGUCCAACCGCACCACCAAGACAUCUGUACGGACUGAUAGCAUCCUCGAAGUGGACGAGAUUCCGCGGAAAGAGUCAAAUGUCCAAGCCACGGACGAAACAAGCAAGGCAUGGAUUAGUGCCUUUGAGGCUGGCAAGCAAGAAGACAAGCGCAAGUCUUCGCCAGUCAUUCCUGCAAUCCGAGCCUCAGCUUGGACCGAGACUACUGUGGACGAUUUGGGAACAGCCACAAACUGGAGCUCCAUGAAUUCUCCCGAGUACGCCAUGCCCAUGGCCAUCAUGCCGGCUCAGGGUCUCCCUGCCGCUGUUCGGAUGCCUGCUAAGCAGGUUGCUGAAGAGCCCAAGGAGGAGACCAGGGUUGUCGAGUCUCGCAACAGCGAUGACGUGCCUUUCAUGCUCGACACGUCUACCUUUUCCAAGUUCGGUAUGCGGAAAUCCUGGCUCGUGGACGAUGAAGUAACCAUUCCGGCCCCCGAGGAGCCUGAGCCUGAACCAGUCCCCGAGCCUGUCUCUGCGCCCAAGCCUGCACCUCAGAGCCAGUGGCACAGGCGUGUUGGUGACGAGUGCCCUGCGUUUUCCAAGGACUGCUUGAGCAAGAAGGGAUGCAGAAAGACACCCCCUACUCCUCUUUCGCUUCGCACCCCCAACAAGAAGGCCGUCAUCGUUCACGCUGAGCCUUCCCCUCUGGAGUCGCCAGAACACGCUCUGCAACAGAUUCAGGCCCAGCUCAAGAAGCUGGAGGAGCCUGAAGUCAAUGCUGACACGCCUUCUCAGCGUUUGGCCCUGCUCGAAAUGAUGGAAAAGGAAAUGGGCAUGCAGGUUGAUCACUGGAAGGAGAUGAAGCACGACAUCGGUCGUGACUCUCUCUCGAGCGUCCAGACCAGCUCACCCGCCGUCAAGCGUGACUCUGUCGCCAGCGUUGCCAACAUUGUCCCCGAGACCGCCAACACCAGAGUGAGCAUCGGAUCUGACCGCAGGGCUUCCCGCGUUGCUCGCCUGUCCAAGCACAGCAGCAUGUCCAAGAUUGAGGAGCAACCUUCGGUCCGCAACUCUGGCAGCGCUCAGAUGAGCAAGUGGCAGAAGCGCUUGACUGAGGCGCAGAUGGAGUACAUGGACGCCCGUCUCCUCCGCGAGAGCAGCGUCAACUUCUUGCAGCUCACCAGAGCUCAGCUUGCGAGCCCAACUCCCCCGGAGUCUGACGCAUCCUCCAUCAAUCUUCCGGAAGAGGAAGAGGUUCCCCCUGUCCCAGAGCUCCCGGCGAAGUGCCUCGAGCAGACUCCCGAGCCCUCUCCGGAGCAGCCCAAGGCCGAGUGGCUCUGGACCCCGCCAAGCAGGUUUUCCGCCCCUGCUGGUCUUUUGUGGACUGCUCCCAUCAAGGUUGCCGAGACCGAGGUUGUCCUCCCCAGCCUUUCUGUCCGCCCCAUGGCCAGAAAGGAGCCGGAGCCCCUCCAGAUUCACAGCACCCACCUCUGGCGCAAGCCUUACACCAACACCAGCCGGUCCACCACCGGACUCUGGAAGCCCGUCUGGGCCUCAGCUGCUCCCCCAGCUGAGCCAGUCAAGCGUGUCUCACAGGUUGCGGCGCCUCAGCCCCAGAAGGCUCCUCGUCCGGUGACACAGCGCCCGCCUCGUCGCAACAAGCGCGUCACUCUUCUCCCUGAUAUCAUCGAGAACCCCGAGCCCUUGCCUAACAAGAGGGGCACUCUCGGCAUCUUCCAGUUCCCCUGGGGAGAAAAGUCCGACACGGCCUCCGUCCAGGCUCGCCCUCCUGUCUUGAUGGCCAUGCCUGGUACCAUGGCCUCUGGUGCACCUGUCCGUUCCCAGCAGACUGAGCUCAACGAAUACUCUUCUUCGUUCUUUGAUGAUUACGAUGACGACAAUGACAUCGUUGACAGCAUGAACUCUGAUGAAGAUGGUAGCGACGAUGGCUUCGAUGAGACCACCCUCUGGGAGAUUGCCAGCCUACUCAAGGUUGACAACGUCCCCUCUAGAAGCAGCUUGGUUCCCUCUGAGGACUCUGUUUUGGGUGACUAUGUUGAAGAGCUCGAGUCCGAUGAUGAGGACCAGUCUUCCCGCGAGCAAUCCAUUGUCAUUGGCCUUGCUGAGCCCAGCGAGCUGGUUGUUAGCCGCAAGCGUGAUUCUGCCACCCUCGAGAGCGAUGCCCUUACGAUCCUCAACGAUGCCGUCUAUCAGCCCGAAGCCCAAGUCCAGAAGAAGCCCGUGUCCAAGCCUGUUGCCAGGAUUGGCCUGCCUUCCAACCCCCGCCCAGCUCCGCCCGCCCCCGUCGCCGAGUCGCAAGUGCCGGCUGCCCCGGCCUCGGCACCCAAGCAACCCCAGUUUCCUCGCCACCCCAUCAAAUCCACCCAGGCCGAGACCGCUGUCAAGCAGGUCUCUGCAGGUCUGUGGAGCCCACCCGUCACAUUGGAUAAAGAUUCUUCGCGGGGUGGGUUGUUCGCCGUUGACUCGAACCGCACCGUAUACCGCACUACCACCGAGGAGCCUGCUGCUCAGUACAUGAGCCGCAGCCCCCGUCCGGCUGAGCGCAAGCCUCUCGACAGUUUGGUAUCGACUUCCCUCUGGACUGCUCAGACCGAGGCUCGCAAGACCGAGCGCAACUGGAUUCAGAACAAGACAGUCUCUGCUGGCUUGUGGACCCCACCUGUCACUGAUAGAUCUUCCUCGCGGGGAGGUCUGUUUGUGGUUGACCCCAGCCGCACUGUCUUCCGGACCACCACUGAGGAACCUGCUGCUCAGUACAUGAGCAGAAGCCCUCGCCCGGCUGACCACAAGCCCCUCGACAAGCUUGCCUCGACCUCUCUUUGGACUGUUGAGGCUGUCGUCAAGACUGAGCGCAACUGGAUUCAAUCCAAGCCAGUGUCGGUUGUUACUGGUGUGUGGAGCCCGCCUGUCGUUUGCAGAUCUUCUUCGCCUCAAGGUCUCUUUACCGUCGACCCCAGCCGUACCGUAUACCGCACCACCACUGAGGAGCCCGCUGCUCGUUUCAUGAGCCGUAGUCCCCGUCCUGUUGAGCGCAAGCCACUUGAGCAGCUCAAGUCGACUUCUCUUUGGACCCUCGAGGCAGUCACCAAGACUGAACGCAACUGGAUUCAGGGGCAGGCCAAGCCCAAGAAGACCACCCGUCCUGAGUUCAGCCUUGCCGAUUGGCGCGCCGCUUUGAACGAGGCUGUUGCCGCUAGCUACCCCAAGGUUACUCGCAUCGCUGCCACCGCCGCCGAAUGGGACGCCGCUCUUGAAGAGGCCCUCGCCCUUUCUUAUCCUGCCAAGUUUGACUCCUCGGUCCGCCACCCCGUCUUCGCGGCCAAGAGUUUGAUCACUCGCUCCGAGUGGUUCCACCCCGCUGCCACUGGUUAUACCUACGACGUAGCCAACGUUCACCCCGUCUUCUUUGGCUCUCUGGCCAUCACCUGCCCUCUUGAGUCUGUCCACCCAGCUAUCUCUUCCUACGCCGCCAAGAAGCUCCGUCGUCAGGCUUCCAAGGCCAAGCGUGAGCGUUCGGCCUCCUCAUCUACCCGCAGCAGAAGGGACACGAUCCAAGCCCAGAUUGAAGCUUUGGAGCAAGAGAGGUUAUUCGCCCAGCAGUUUGCCCAGGCUGAAUACCGCCGCCGCAACACCUCCAUCUCCGCCCUCUUCCCACCACCUCCCCCCAUCCCAACAGAGGAGCCCACCAUGGCGACGACAACGUUUGAGACGGUGCAGGACAUUCAGCGCCGGUUGAGCCAUCGCAUCCGCGAGUCCCUCGUUAUUUCUCGCCAGACCACGCCUGAGCAAACCCCCGUGUCCACCCCUGCUAGGACUCACUCCCGCUCCAAGCCUUCUGUUUCCAGAUCUCACAAGUCGAGCAGGUCGAAGGUCCCUGCUGUUGUCCCUACCAAGCCGGCUGCCACUCUCUGGGCGCCCCCUGCUGCUGUGACUGUAAUCCCGUCGCAGCAGAUGUGGGGGUUGGCUAAGGGUGUUAACACCCCUACUGUUGACGGUGCUGUUGAAGACGCUGAGAGCGCUGCUAGGAGGCAAAAGGGAAGGAAGACGAUUCAGAAGAAGGCGAGGAAGGUGGAGAUUUUGGGGCAGAUUAGGGCUGUGAAGAGGGGGGAGGAUCCUUUUGAGAGGUUUGAGGGGCAGGGGUUGUGGGCGGCUGUGCCAGUAGUUGAGAAGAAGAGUGAGGUUGACUGGUUGCACAAGGUUUGUGUUGCGAAGCCGGUUGUGGAGAUGAAGGUUGGGAGGGAGAGGAGGAGGACGAGUGUUAGUUUGGUGCCGAUUCCGGAGAGGAGGGAGGUUGUGAGCGAGGAGGAGAGUUGGAGGGCGGGGCAUGGGAGGGGGGAGAGUAAGGGGAGCAAGGUUGUGUUGAGAUAUUAGCUGGGUGGAUGAUGAAGGGGUAAUUUUCUUUUUUUUUUGUUCGGACAGGAGGGGGGAUAACAACACCCGCCGCUGAGACUUUUUUGUACUUGAUUUUGGAGAUAUUUUUGUAUUUUUUUCGGAUACGUAUAUUUUUGUUGUUUAUGUAGCCUUUUUGCGCGAGGGACAAUACCUAUCCUGUGGAAUGAUGGAUGGGGGGUGCUCGCUGUGUUUAGCUAUGGAAAAGGAUCGAUGGAUUGGAAUGAAAACUCAUGAUCUUCGGAGAG